UACAGGGAUGACCAGAGACUGCAGACACAGUACAGGGAUGACCAGAGACUGCAGACACAGUACAGGGAUGACCAGAGACUGCGGACACAGUACAGGGAUGACCAGAGACUGCGGACACGGUACAGGAGAUGACCAGAGACUGCGGACAGUACAGGGGAUGACCAGAGACUGCGGACACAGUACAGGGAUGACCAGAGACUGCGGACACAGUACAGGGAUGACCAGAGACUGCGGACACAGUACAGGGAUGACCAGAGACUGCGGACACAGUACAGGGAUGACCAGAGACUGCGGACACAGUACAGGGAUGACCAGAGACUGCGCACACAGUACAGGGAUGACCAGAGACUGCGGACACAGUACAGGGGAUGACCAGAGACUGCGGACACAGUACAGGGGAUGACCAGAG